AUGUCCACUCACUCCGACGACUAUGUCCUCCCUCAGGACCACCGCAUGACCAUCAGUCUGCGACAAGCGCUCUCCCUCAUACGAUCCCUUCUUAGUCUGAAAUGCUUGCAAGCUAUGGACGCCAUUCUGCGAGUCAACCAGCGCAGCAAACAAUCCCCAGUAGCUCACUGGACACGCCGGCAAAUCGAGCGCCAGGAGCAAGUUAUUACAGACAUCUGCGUGGCAAUCCUCCCGUUGCCAGUCUUGCGCGCAGCUACCAAGCCCGACGUCCCAGUCCUAAAGCUCCAGUCGCCCUCGUCGGCUAGCACUCAGAGUCUCCCACAGCGAGACAGCUUUGUGAAAAAGUACGGACCGUCCAAGAUCCCACGGGCCCAGGGCAAACAACCGAUCCGGCCGGGCCCGGCACUCCGUUCGCUGCAGUAUAUCCCUCCAAAGAGGAUCGAGACAGAAGACAGACACGACGAGGAAGGAUACGAAUUCGACAUCUUGGAUUCCAUCCCCGCAUGGAGCCAGCACGCCACCAGCGACUCCGUCUACUCGACGCCCGGCAAACGGAACUCGUCGCGCUCGUCCGCGCAUCUCCGCCAGACCGUUCCCUUGUCCGCAGCCCAGUACAUGUGCAUGAUCCCGCAGACGCCGUGGUUUAGCUCCAGUCGGCUGUGGUCCAUCGACUCCGUCGCACACCAGUUGUCGGGCGAUUCUCACGCGGUGCUGGAGCUCAACAACCUGCCCCGGUCCCAUUCAUCGGAAAGCUUCCCAGGCAAGUUUCCCAUGAGUGACAACCCAGGGGAUAGCUCCUUGGCUGAGCCACAGCACAUUCGUGGUCGUGGAGCGACGUCUGUGCGACCGUUUUCUGAUCUCUAG